UUACAGACACGAGUCUCGUUAAACACACUAACCAACCAACGCUCUCAUCAUCGCAUUAUCGCAGCAAUCGGACUUGUCCCCCGCCCCGCCCGAUGAAGGCCAUGAUGAUCGCAUUCUGCUCCUGCCUCCUCCUGUCCUCUCCCAUCGCCGCAUGCCAGGCGGCACCCUCCCCCCGCCGGCGUGUCCAGGUGGAGCCAGUGCCGCUGGAUAGCGCCGUCACAACCACCACCUCCAAGGCGGCGAAAGCGGUACGUCCGUGCAAAUGACACGCCUGUUUGGAGAGAUCUGGCAUGAUGUGCACUGCCUGCAUCGCUGUAUGUCAUUUCUGUGUCAGGUGCAAGCCCUUCAGGACUUCUACAUCACCCCCCUGCUGGUGGCCUGCCGCACCGGUGACAUAGAAGCUGCCCGCGACGCGUGGGUGCCGGCCAAGGGCACAUGGGCUACUGUCGAGGCGCUCAGCUAUGCCUUCCCCGAGACGGCCGCCGACAUUAAUGCUCGAGCUUACGAGGUGGACGGAGGGCACACCAACCCCGAGUUCACCGGCUUCCAGCGAGUCGAGAUGGAGGUAGGCGACAGACAGUCAGGCAGGAAGCUGUUGGAGCGACGGAAGGAAGCCUGUUCCAUUCAUUGCAUUCAUUGAUGCAGCUGUGGGGAGCCAACACGACGGCCUCGUGUGCUGCGGUGACAGCUGUGAUGGAUGAAGCGGCCACAUCAGUACUGGGCCUCCUGAACAAUGGGACCAGCACCCCCUUCACAGCCGACGGGCAUCUCCGGAGCCUGGUGGCGCUCACGGAGGACAUGCUCACCACCAAAUUCAGCCAGAUGGAGGCGCCAUUCUCCCUCGUGCACAGAUAGUAAUCGGUGUGUCGUUGCUGAUUGUUUGGCUGCUUUGGUUUCUCAGGUCUGACCCUGUUCAUCCUUCACCAGAAUCUGCGUGGCAUUGAAAUGCUCUUUUCGCCCUUCGAGGCUGCCAUUGAGGCAGUCGACCCUGCCGCUGCGAAAGGCGUCAUCGAUGGUGUGCACGACUCCAUCACUGCUGCGAUCGACGCCAUCUCGGCCGGCGUGCGCCUGUCCAGCCAAAAUACCCAAUCUGCGUGGGGCAGCUGGGAGUCUGUGCCCAUGUAUCAGGUGCGCACACACCCCACACAGCAGCAGGGAGGAGACGUGGCCAGCCGUGUUUAUGUUCUGUGCGUGCACUUAUCGUCCGCGUAUGCUGUGUGAAUGUGUAUGCAGAAGAAUGUGAUCUAUCGCAAGAUGGAGGCCGUGCGCGAUGCACUCAAGGCAGCCGCUGAUGUGCUGGACAUCGAUGUCACGCCCGAAGCCGAAGGCGAGCGACGCCAGCUCACGAGAUGGGGCACACAGCGACGAUCGCUGCAGAAGACCAGCGAAUAUGCUGCGCAGACCUCAGAAGGUGAGAAGAGGGAGCCACGUGGAUUCCCUGAUCUUUCACGCUCACAUUGAUCCAUCCAUCCAUCACGUGUUUAUGUCUGUAGGAGUCGCUUACUUCCUUGAGCAGGCCCAAACGAUGUUGACCCACGUCGAAGCGCUGGCUGAAUUGGCUGCGAAUGCCACUGAGGCGGACUCUAUUACCAACACGACUUGGGCUGAGCUGGGGGCAGCCUACGAGCUCGCGAGGCCGGAAUACGAACAGAUCGAGGUGGGUGGGUGAGUGGGAGGGUGGAUGAAGGGAAACGGAUCAGAAAACGAGGAUACUGUACAAGUGUCAGUGCACUUUCGGCCGUGUGUGUGUGUGUGUGUUACAUUGCGUCUAUGCGUGUCUCAUUCAGACAUUGGCCGGUUGUUUCGAGCAAGAGGACAGCGACAUUGACGCCCGCCCCUAUGCAUUCCCCCUCGGCGAAGACGACCCUGAUUUCCGCGGCUCGCACAAGAUCGAGCGACUCAUCUUCAGGGACAGGAACCCCUUCGAAAUCAAGGUGAGUGAGUGAGUGAGUGAUGCAUCCCGGACGACCACACAGUUGGAAGACGCAACACACACCAUCUGUGUGUUAUGCAGGCGUACGCAGACGGUCUUGUGAACAGCACUUUGGACCUGAUCGCGAAGCUGGAGGCCGACGAGUGCACACCACUGAUGAGUUUCGAAGGCAUGGUCGGCCUGGCUGUUGAAGUGCCCGCAAAGAAGAUAUCCGGUAGGUUAGGGGUGGAGUACAGAGACGUGUGACGUGACGACAACCACAUUGCUCACACGUCUGUGGUGUGUUUUGUUGGGGGAUGCAUGGAAUACAGGUGAGGAGGAGGCUGUGUCUGGCCUGUCCGGGUUGAUUUUCGACCACAAUGUCAAAGGCAUCUGGAGCCAGUUCGAGCCAUUCGAAGGCGUCGUGUCGGCAGAGACCUUCGCCGACGCACAGGGGCAUAAGGAGGCUCUCGAGGCCCUCAUGGAGCCGCUCGUCACACCCGAGUAAGACGAACAGACAGAGAGAGAAUGCCACCGACGCGUCUGUCUGUCAUUGUGGUCUGUCUCUUCAUGCAGGUACAAGCCUUACAGCGAGUGGACAAUGGCACAGAAAGUGGAGUUGGUCCAGGAGUUCUACGGUCUCGCUUCGGCCAUUGCCCGGGCGGGCAGCGAGCUGGGCAUCUUCGACGAAAGUCACGAAUUCUACAAUCUGACAGACGAGAUCUUGCCCACAUCCUUGGCGAGUGCCUGAGCGAUGCUGCGCUGCGAUCAAGUGACGGCUGACUGCUCUGGUGAUGGCAUGUGAAUGGAAGGAAUGGAUAUGCAUG